AUGCCCAUCCGCGCUCUCGCCUCGGUCGACUUUGGCGACGCUCAGCUCGAGGCGUCCGCGGCACGCAGCGACGAGCCGACACCCAGCAUCAAGCCUGGCCUGGCGCGCCUUCUCACCCCACGCAACAUGUCCCUUGUCAACGGCCGCUUGGCCAUGAUGGGCUUCUCAGCAGGCGUUGUUGGCGAGCUGCUGCAUGGCCAGCCCCUGGGCGCGCAGCUGCUGGCCGCGGCGCCCCAGGCGCUGGCCGCGUCGCUGCUGCUGGCGGCCGCGACGGCCGCGCCGCUGCUGCGUGGUGUGGAGGAGGGUGACGAGAUCUUCGGCCCCUUUGUCCCUGCCUCUGAGAGGCUCAAUGGCAACCUGGCAAUUUUUGGGUUGUUGCUCAUGGUCGCGAUUGAGGCGGUCAAGGGCUCCGCACUGCUGUGA